AUGGCUAAAUCUAUUAGUGGCUCCUCAGCCUGGAAAACAGGGGGCUAUGAUGAAGAUGUGCAAGAUCAAGAGCGGAUGGAGAGACCAGAUUUCACCGUCCUGGGUCACAGCAUUGUGUCCCUGCUGACGGCUGCCAGCGAGCACACCUUCUUUGUGGUGUUCAAGCAUCCCGGCAAUCCUGGGAACGUGCUGUACGGCUCCGUCUUCCUCGCAGUGCCUGCCUUCAUCCUCUUUCUGCUUGGCUGAAACAUGGUGAACGCCAGGACGUGGUGCCUGGGGACAGGCAGCUGCCCUCCGAAGAUGUGCAGCUGCAGCCCCUGGGGAACCUGCUCCCACCGCUGCCUCGUGCUGCCGUCGGUGACAGCCAGGGCUUUGGUGGACCCAGGCUUCUCCUGGAUCACGGUAGCCAGGCUCAGAGCCAGCUUCUACGAGUGCGCAGCCAGCGGGAGCAGCCUGAUAAUGAACGUCGUGUGUAAAGAUAAAGGACGAGAGUGCCACAAGCUGCUGCUCAAAACACCCUGCAACGAGAAGUUAUUGGAGGAGAUACUAGGCGAAUUCCUCAGCCUUCAGGCACAGUCCCAGCUGAUAGGACGGCUCCUGAUAGUCAGCAUCAUGACUGUGGCACUGAUUGUAACACGUGUCAUCCACUGUCGCUCCCCAGUUAGCUAUCUUCAGCUCAAGUUCUGGAAAAUUUGCUCAAAAAAGGAACGGGAGCUCUUUGGGACCAAGGCUAGAGAGCAUGCAACCAGGCUGGCAGAAAUAAAUACAGAUUGCUUUUUUGAAGCCACUAACCCAGCACCAUUUCAGACUUCCAGCAAUGAAGACUGGCGGAAGAUUUCAUUCUUGUAGACCUUAAAUUCGUAAGAGCAGUAUUACAGCAUGAUACACAAGUACAUUAACACAAACAGAGGCAACAGCAUCAGAUUCGGGGAAGGAAAUCAGAAACCCCCUGUUUUAGGAUUUGUGGAUGAAGAAGCGCAAGCGAAUCAGGGUUUUAAUGAAACAAAUCCUUUGCAACCCUAG